AUGGCGGCGGCCGCUCCCGAGCAGCAAAGCUCCAAUGGCCCAGUGAAGAAGUCCAUGCGAGAGAAGGCUGUGGAACGCAGGAAUGUUAACAAGGAGCACAACAGCAACUUCAAAGCUGGAUACAUUCCUAUUGAUGAAGACCGGCUCCAUAAGACAGGGUUACGUGGCAGGAAAGGCAACUUGGCCAUUUGUGUGAUUGUUCUUCUCUUUAUUUUGGCUGUCAUCAACCUGAUUAUCACGCUGGUUAUCUGGGCGGUCAUCCGCAUCGGUCCCAACGGCUGUGACAGCAUGGAGUUCCACGAGAGCGGCCUGCUGCGCUUCAAGCAGGUCUCGGACAUGGGCGUCAUCCACCCCCUCUACAAAAGCACCGUGGGAGGCAGGCGGAACGAGGACUUGGUGAUCACUGGCAACAAUCAGCCUAUCGUGUUUCAGCAAGGAACAACCAAGCUUAGUGUGGAAAAAGACAAAACUUCGAUUACCAGCGAUAUUGGCAUGGAGUUUGUUGAUCCCCGGACGCAGAACACCUUGUUCAGCACAGACUAUGAGACCCAUGAGUUCCACCUGCCAAAUGGAGUUAAAAUCCUGAAUGUACAGAAGGCCUCCACAGAGAGGAUUACCAGCAAUGCCACCAGUGAUCUAAACAUAAAGGUGGAUGGCCGUGCUAUUGUCCGUGGAAACGAAGGGGUUUUCAUCACAGGCAAGACCAUCGAGUUUCGGAUGGGAGGCAACAUGGAGCUGAAAGCAGAGAACAGCAUUGUCCUGAACGGCACGGUGAUGGUCAGCCCCUCCCGCCUGCCCAGCUCUUCCUACGGGGAGCAGUUCAACAACGGCAACUGGCUGCGUUUCAAGCUCUGUAUGUGUGCAGAUGGGACUCUGUUCAAGGUGCAGGUGACAGGUUACAACAUGGGUUGUCAGACCUCUGUCAACCCCUGCGGAGCCACGCACUGAAGCACAAGCCACUGCCAGGAGAGUCGGGGGUUUUUGUGUGUGUUUACAUAUGUUUGUAUCAAGUAGUUGCAUGCCUUCGAGGGGUUGUGUUUUUACAGCAGUUUGUACUUACAUUUAUUACAUAACAUUUUUUAACAGAGGCUGUUGCAGCCUCUACAGUAUUAGCUCAUCAUUCUCUUCACUGCAGUGGUGGCACUGAGUUAGGAAGCUUUCAGCCUACAAGUGUACUGAAGUACCUCUCAGAGUUGGGAUCAGUAGAAUACAUUUAGAGAACGUG